UUUAAAUGGUUUAAGUGUUCGUGGAGUUUUUAGUAAUAUAAAUAAAAAUCCAAAUCCUAUGGUUUUAAAUAAAAUUUAGAAUGAUUUUGUGAGAGUUAUUGGUUGGUGUAUUUUAAUUAAUUUAAAAAUCUAAACUAGAUCUAUUGUUAUUGGUUCUAUGAUUUUAAAAUUUGUACUGAAAUCAAAUGUUAUUGGUUUUAUGAUAAAUUCUAAUUCAAAUCAAGUGUUAUUUAUACAGAUUAAUUAAUAGAUUUAAUAUCAUAAUGGAUUUGAAUGGAUUAUAUAGAUUUCUUUGUUAAAAAUACAAAAAAAUCAAAUCCGAGGAAAAACCUCCGGAUUUAUAAAUACUAAUCCGAUUUUUUUUGAAAAUUUGUAUAUUUUACUUGAAUUUGUAAAUAUUGAAUGAAAUUCUAAAUCAAUCAAAAUAUAUAAACCAAUAACACUAAUAAAAAUCAUAUAAAAUUCUCAAAUUCACCUAAUAUCAUGUAAAAACUCAUUAAAAAUUAAAAUCAUUCAAAAUCACUUCAAUUCACAAAUUGAAUACACAAAGAGAUUGAAUAUUAUUUUUGAAUAAACUAUGAGCUUGAUUUUACGAACAUAAUUUGUUCAUUGUUCUUUUUAUGUAGUUUCACUGACUCGCAACCAAGUUAAUCCACGUAUAAGAAAGUAAGUUUCUGUCAUACUCUUCCAGAGAUUAAGAACAAGACUCAUGCUAUUCACACAUGUCAUAUGAACAAAGAUCUUGCCGCUGAUUUUGUCAUGAUGUAUAACAUGUAUCUACAUCCUAAACUUUCCAAUAAUGUUUAAUUAAUUUGUUUUCUGAUUUGAUUUAAGGAUUAAGAUUUUAAGUAAUUUGUUUUAUUUUUUUUUCUCUUAUUUCAUUUUCUGUAUGGAUUAUGUUUUUUUUGUCAUCAUGGAUUAUGGUUUCUUUCCAAAUUUAUUGAUUUAUCACUGAAUCAAUUUACAUAGAUUUUUUUGUGAGUAAAUAGUUAUCUUUUAAAUUUUAAGUUAAAAUUUGUAUUGGGUUAUGAACAUAACAAUUUGCUCUAUUAUCUCUAUAGUCUUAUACACAUACAAAAAUCACAUUGCUGAAUUAUAAUCAAAAGAUAAAAUAAAUCAUCUGAUACCUUAAAAAUAUUUAUGUGAAUAUUCAAAAUCUGGACAACUAGUGAUAAUAUCAUCAAAUAGUAUUCAAAAAUACAUUUCUGUCUAAAAAAAUAUCAUCAAUAACAAAACGCCUUGCUGUUUUCAUAUUUAAAGCUUAAACCGCCUCUAGUUUAAUCUAUUAAACAACAACGCGCCGUCUCUUUGAAAAAUAUCGAAACAACAGACACUCUCGUUUUCUUUUUCUGGGUCGGGGCAACCCGAGUUCAAUUUCCAUAAACCCGUUUCGAAAUCACUCGUACGCGGUAAUGCAAUCAUAUGGCGAAACGUACAGUCGCUGACGUCGUACUUCUCAGUGACAGUGACGACGAAGACAUCGGAGUAGUCCGACGAGGAGGAGGAGGAGGAGCGUUUCGGAGGAGAUCGGCGUCACUGAUGGAGAAUCGUCAAGUUUCGAGUGCGAUCGCCGAUACGACGGUGACUCGUCGAGAAACCCUAGAAUGCCGGAGCUUCUGGAAAGCCGGAGAUAACUUUGUGAUUCCGAGAGCUGUUACUCCUACAGCUCCAGGUAUGCUUGAGCAUGCUCGUGUUCAUCCCAAGUUCCUUCACUCUAAUGCCACGUCACACAAAUGGGCCUUUGGAGCAAUCGCUGAGCUACUUGAUAAUGCUGUUGAUGAGAUACAGAACGGUGCUACUUUUGUCAAGAUCGAUAAGAUUGACAUUGCUAAAGAUAACUCACCAGCUUUAGUUUUCCAAGAUGAUGGAGCCGGGAUGGAUCCUGAUGGGAUUAGAAAAUGCAUGAGCUUAGGCUACUCAUCGAAGAAGUCUAAUACAACGAUUGGACAGUAUGGAAAUGGUUUCAAGACAAGUACUAUGAGACUCGGAGCUGAUGCCAUCGUUUUCACUCGCUCAACUCGUGGAGGCAAAUCAACCCAGAGCAUCGGCCUUCUGUCUUACACGUUCCUCAGGAGAACUGGUCAGGAUGAUGUGGUUGUUCCUAUGAUUGAUAUUGAUAUAUCCAGUGAUCUCCCCCAACCAAUUAUUUAUGGCACUCCCGAAGAUUGGUCUACCAACCUUAACAUUCUUCUCAAGUGGUCUCCGUUUUCAACAGAGGAUGAACUUUUGCAGCAGUUCGAGGAUAUUGGGACACAUGGAACGAAAGUAAUGAUAUACAACUUGUGGCUUAAUGAUGAAGGAGUAUAUGAACUGAGUUUUGACGACGAAGAUGAGGACAUACGGCUCCGAGAUGAAAAUGCCCUCACCAGGAAAGGGGUUGUCGCUGUGACAUUAGAACUAAGAUCUCAUAUCUCAUACCGUUUCCGAUAUUCUCUAAAGGCUUACAUAUCCAUGUUGUAUCUCAAAAAGUUCAAAAACUUCAAAAUUAUUCUCCGGGGAAUCCCUGUGGAGCAAUUCAACAUUGCUGAUGAACUCAGAUAUCCUGAGACUAUAAUGUACAAACCUCAUGCAGCUGCAGUGGGAUAUGCUGUCACUGAAAUUAAAGUUGGAUUCGUCAAGGAGGCACCUAAACUUCCAGUAUGUGGUUUCAAUGUCUAUCACAAAAACCGUCUCAUCAUGCCUUUCUGGAGGGUCACUCUGAGCGGUUCGACUAGCGGAAACGGUGUUGUCGGAGUUCUUGAAGCAAACUUCAUAGAACCCGCUCACGAUAAGCAAGAUUUUGAGAGGUCUUCUCUAUUCCAGCGGCUGGAGGCGAGGUUGAAAAAGAUUACACUAGAUUACUGGAAAAGCCGCAGCGAGGCUGUUGGAUACCAUCCUGACUCACGUGCACACAAGUUGAAGAGGACAGCAACACCUGAUCAACCGCCUGGUGACGAUACAUUCAACCCUUCACCUUUCCCUUCUGACAAAAUUAGUCAGGGUGGUCCGCUAAUCCGUGAAAUCAGUCUUAGUAAAGGCACUUCUAGCCGUGCACAUAAGUCGAAGAGGACAGCAACACCUGAUCAACCGCCUAGAGAAGAUACAUUCAAUCCUUCACCUUUGCCUUCUGAUAAAACUAGUCAAGGUGGUCUGAUAAUACGUGAAAUCAGCUUUAGUAAAGGCACUUCUAGCCGUACAGUUGCUCUUCCACCGCCACAUAUGAGAAAUUUCACGGGUGUAAGAAGUAACUUCCAACCUGUGCAGCUCAAUCCUCAACCAGUGCAGCUUAAUCCUCAGCCUGUGCAGCUUAAUACUCAACCUGUGCAGCUCAAUCCUCAACCUGUGCAGCUCAAUCCUCAACCUGCAGCUACUGAAUCUGGAGACAACCUUGGUGGCGAGACAGCGUAUAAGCUAAGCGAAGAGAACAUACAACUGUUCCUGGAGUGCGAGGAAUAUGCAAAGAAAGAGACAGAAAUGGAACAGAUGGUAAGGAACUUAGAAAAGGAACUGGAAGAAGCCAAAAGUAAAUAUGCACUACUUGCUCGGCUUGUCAAUGCUAAGAAGAUGGAGCUCCAACAAGUUUAGAUAAAACGUUAAGACUAGAAGAACCCUAACUUUAAUCUAGAUCUUUUGGUAUAAUUGUAUGUUAAUAAGUUGUGCAACCUCCCAGCAACGAUAACACUGAUAUGUACGUACAUAGUUGCCUAGUUGGGAUAUGGGCUUUUAACGUAUUUACGCUUUAUGGCCCAUUUAGGCUUACCUGCACGA